AUGGAAACUCUGAGUACCGUGGCUCUUCGUGAAAUUCGUCGUUACCAGAAGAGUACGGAGUUGUUGAUCCGUAAAUUACCAUUCCAACGUCUCGUCCGUGAAAUCGCUCAGGACUUCAAGACCGAUCUACGAUUCCAGAGCUCUGCAGUGAUGGCCCUCCAGGAAGCUAGCGAAGCUUACCUCGUUGGUCUUUUUGAAGAUACUAACCUUUGCGCUAUCCACGCUAAACGUGUCACCAUCAUGCCCAAAGACAUCCAAUUGGCUCGUCGUAUCCGUGGAGAACGUGCCUAAGUCAUUCACCUGUUAAAAUUCUUAAAAAUAAACGGCCCUUUUCAGGGCCACAAAUUUUUCAUACGAAGAAAAUCGAAGUUCUUUUAUGAAUGAAUGAGCAAUAAAAAUACAUAAUGCUUUCAUUCAUGUAUGUCUAUGUAA